AUGAGGAAUAAAGGAGAAAAGGAAAGGAGAAGGAGUAAAGGAGAAAGGGAAAGGAGAAGGAGAGGAGGUGGAGGAGGAGGAGUUAAGGAGAAAAAGGAAAGGAGAAGGAGAGAAGGUGAAGGAGGGGAGAUGGUGGAGGAAGAAAGGAGGGGGAGGGAGGAGAACAAAGAAGACUGGAUGUUUUUAAAUCUAGUUGAACCAACAGCAGAGAAUAUCACAAUGACUUGUGAGAUCCCUUAUCUCCUUGUUAUGAUGCGGAGCCGUGCGUUCGCCAUUACAUUUCUGAUGCUAUAUAUCUAUUUAUGGAUUCUGUGUCUAAUACAUAACGCGGAGUGGACGGAUAAAGGAACGCAGUUUAUGGUACAAGAGGGGGCGCUACCCGAAAAACAUGUCGUCUAUUUCUCUGAUCGAGUUUGGAAGGAAAAAUCAGAACGCCUGAUCCUUGUAUGGACUCCAAUGUUUUUUCAAUGGUUUUGGACGGACGUUUUAGCGAAACAGAUGAAGGAAUGCGCACAUGCGUGCUCGGUUACUUCCGAUAAGUCACGGAUACAGGAAGCAGAUGCUGUACUCUUCCAUAUUUUCGACUUGUGGUUUUGGCUCGGAAUGCCGGCUUACCGCGACCCGAGUCAAAUAUGGGUUGUAUGGUGGGCUGAACCCACGACUCGAGUUUGGCCCGACCUACGACGCUUCCGUAACACUUUUAAUUGGACCAUGACAUAUCGCAGAGAUUCCACAGUUGAGGCCCCUUUUGCUAUCGCAGUGCCGUUAACCAAAGAGGAAAUGAGGGCAAAUGAAAUUUGGUAUAAUUCAAGUUUUUUCAACCAUAUGAAACAUAAAGUAAAUAAUGUGUCUAUCACAAACAGUGACUGUUAUGACGAAGUCCAGAGAUACCGACUUGUGGAACAGUUGAGACAGCACGUGCCUGUUGAUUUCUACGGUCGCUGUGGUAACCUUUCAUGUCCAAGAGACAACGCAGCGUGCAAUGAUAAACUCAGAAGUUACAAAUUCAUGAUUCAAUUUGAAAAUAGUUAUUGUAAUGAUUAUAUUUCUGAGAAGUAUUGGAGUUCUCUAAGUUCGGAAAAUAUUCCAAUCGUGAACUGGAAAAAACAACAGCAGAAUUAUCCAGUUAUUAAACAUUCCUAUAUCAAUAUUUUUGACUUUCCCGACAUAAGGUCGGCUGCUGAAUAUAUACAAAAAGUAGCCUCGGAUAAAGAUCUAUAUAAAAGCUAUUUUAAGUGGAGGACAAAGUAUAAAAUAAUCCAAACUGGAAUAUGGGCCCAAUUCUGUAAUCUUUGUGACGCCUUACAUGAUCGGAAACGGCCUGCCCAGGUCAUCCGGGACCUUCAAGUAUGGUUGGAGGACGAUACAUGUCGGAAAGGCACGCCAUGGGCUUUUUUAGAGAGGAGAAUCAACCGUCACAUCUUUGAUAUGGGCUUUUAA